CCGGUUUUAAGAAUUACUGACUGAUAGAAAAUAAUCAAUCAAAGUGAUUUCGGACAUAUUCAUAAAUGUUUAUGUGAAUUCUUCGUUUCGCUCUUUUCUAUUAUAAACAUACAUGGAUUUUUAUUUUAAUGAAAUAGUUAUUUUUCUUGUGAUUUUCAUCGUUUAUACGAAUGGUCAGGGACCAGACUGUACGGGUCAGGUGCUGGGGGAGCCUAACCCGACCACCACCGGAACUACGACUGGUCCAAACACAGAUAGGUCGUACGUGAUGCGCGGUGCCAGCAUGAAGGUGCCGUGUUGCGGGGUAAUUUCGGAGUGGCGGUUCGCGACGGCCGCCGCCGGCGACCUGAGCGCCCAAGUUUUAAGGCAAGAUGCCGGAAACAGCUACACGGUCAUGGGGGAAAACAUAUACACAGGUGCCGUUGCCGGAACGGCCACACGAUACAGUAUAGGGACAAGCGCACAAGUCUCCGUGGAACAAAACUUUGAAAUCGGCUGGCACUCGUCAGCAACAGAUGCUGUGGCAUUAGAGACGAACGCCGCCUACACGAUGGGGGCCGUCAAUUUUGCCGGCAAAACAGCCGAAGGCGGCACCGUAGCCUUGCCAAACACGCUCGUGAACGGGGAACGCUGGAUGUUUGGAGCUGUUCUCACGAGCAACGCGGUGCCACAUUUCGGUACAAGCCUUCCAGCGACAAAAACAAUCAGCUCCACGUCGGCGGCGGCGACGGUGGUCCACUCCCUCACCCCCACGGACGACAACCCUGACGACAUCGCGGCCCUCACCGUCACCCUCAGUCCCGCCAGCACAAUGUUUGAUCUCGUUGGCAACGACGUUCAGGUAUUGAGCACCCCUCUGGCCGUCGGCGAAUACGACGUAGUGUUUGAAGUCGUUGAUCACUGUCUCCACACAGGGACCGCAACUCUUACCGUCACGGUGGUAGAAACCGGCCCAAUAAUCACGAGCCUUCCGAUAGCGGCGGUGUCACUGCGGGAGGAUGCGUCCGCAAGCGUCUCCCUACACCAACUGGUCUUCACAGACGACGGGCCGCUAAGUGACGUCAGCUGCUCCAUCCAGUCCACGGACCCUGCCGGCACCGUUCCGUUCACUCUGAGGUUCGCCGACAACACAGCGGAUUACACUGUGUUCUACGACCCGACCCCUGGAGCAGCCCUGAACUAUGACCUCAUACCCCUGUACUCGCUGUUUAUCGUGUGUAACGAUGGUCAGUCAGACUCUGCCGUCAAGGAGCUCCAGAUCUCCAUCACACCAAACGAGCCACCGGUACCAGACAUACCGGCAAAGAUAACGGUGUCGGCAGCGACCACGAACGCCGGUGACUUGGUUCACACAGUCACCGCCACGGACCCAGAAAAUGACAAGAUGAAUUUCACUAUGGACUGUGGAGGCUGCCCCUUCAUCAUGUUGAAGAACGGUGAGAUUCAUGCCACAGAGAACCUGAAUUCUCACAGGACUUCGCCGUACGUCGCUACAAUAAACGUCACCGACCCGUACAACAACGUCGGACCAACCUCCAUGACCAUCGAAAUAAUUGAUAUCAACACCCCUCCGACGCUCGUGCAGCCGACAGAGGUACUUCCGGAUUACGACCAGAUCAGCGUGGCGGAGCACACCGACGAGGGAGAUCCGAACCCUGUAGGCACAGUUACGUCAGUGUUCACAGCCAGUGGAAGUGACGCCGACGGCGAUCCACUUGUGUAUGAGAUGGAGUUUGUUAACGGACAAGGAGAACAACUCUACGACUUCGAUCCGGACACUGGAGAGAUAUUCACCAAGGUAGACCUCGACUUUGAAGAGCUGUCACGUCAGGGUUUACUGACUACAUACGUUAACAUACGUACGUUUGACGGACGUGAGUACUCGGAGUACCGUCAACUCGAGAUUACCGUCACCGACGUCAACGAGACGCCGACGUUCAACCAGGUCAGAUACGCCAUCGAGACGGUGGAAGGAGCGUCGUCUCCGUUAACGCUCGAGUGUCCCCUGUUUGACGUCACAGACGAAGAUAACUACGAUACACGACAGUACGACAUCGACUGUGGAGGAAUAGGCUACUUCCACAUACCGGGCACAACCAAGCUGACAUGUGACGCCUUCAUACAGCAGACAGCCGAGCAUGAUCUGGAUGGAUCGAACAGGGCUGCAUUUGACGUCGUGACUUGUACCAUAACAGUCUAUGAUAAAGAGGGGCUGUCUGCCACCACAACAUUGGAGAUCACCAUUCACGAGGAAGACGACAACCCUCCCGUCCUCGACAAGACGGCUUAUACGUACUCCAUAACGAACGACACGACGGCCGGCGCGAUGUUCGGAAACGUUGACGCCACCGAUAUCGACGUUCUGCCGGAACACCGCCGACACACCUACACGACUGACUCCUCAGAGUUCGGCAUUGAUGAGAAUGGGGUGUUUGUUUCUAAGGUGGACUGGACUGGCGUGCUGGCCCCAACAAGCCGGACGUUCAACGUCUAUGUAAAGGACGAAGCGGGCCACACGGACGUGUCGCCAGUAACGGUUACAAUCACCGACGUCCCGCCAACAACCACAGCAGCAACAACGACAACGGUACUACCGGCAAACUUUAACAACAUCAGCUCCUUCCUGGACGACACCGGAAACUUAGCUUGGCUCAUCCCGGCCGUAAUCUUGGGGGCACUCAUGUUGGGGCUGCUGGGAUAUAUGUGCUUCCGAUGCUGCGCAAACCCAGCCCUCUGCGCCAGUCUAUGUCGUGGACGCUGCUUCGGCGGAGGCAAAGGAUUCAGAAGAGCGCGGGCGGCUCCACGGACGGUCGUCCGUCGCGCGGCCCCGCCUACCCGCACCGUGGUCAGGCGGGUCGAGCCCGUCAAAAUGGUCAGAAGGGUAGAAUCAGUCCAAAUGGUCAGACGGCCUGUUACACCCGUCAAAGUGGUUAAGCAACCACUUCCGGAAACGCCAAAGAAGGAGUCGUCCAGUAUGUUUGACUGCUUUAAACGAAAGCCAAAGCCACCAGAAGUUAAAACAGCUGAUGGUAACCGGUCCUGGCAUUUAUGGAACCACACCGAUUUUAAACAACAAGACAAAUGGGUUGGAUAAAGGAACAGAACACAUAUGAGGAGGAUUUACACUGCGAACAUUUUAAUAGUUUUUGUUUUAUUGUUGAAUAAAAUUUCGUUCAGUA